AUGCCCUAUCAUACAAAUGAACAAUUAAAAACUUAUACCGAAGAUAAAAGAAAUUUAAAAAUAUCAUCAAAAGAACCUAAUUAUCUAUAUACUCAUCAUGAUCAAGCUAGAUUAAAAUUAGGAAUACAACACAGUAGUAAUGAUGGUCCAAUUUUUUAUUCAACUUCAAAUUCAAUUAAAUUCAAUAAUUCAAUAAUUUCAAGAAGUUUUUAUUUGUUGAUGACUUUUAUUGCUUUAUUGAUUGUUUUAAGUGCUUUAGUAUUUGGAAUUAGAGAAUAUCAAUUAUCAUUCAAACGUAAAAUUAAAUCUCGUCAAGAAGAAAGUUGUAAACUAGAAUCAAAUAGUUCUAAUAUUGAUGAUGAAAAAAUAAAUUCUUCAUGGAAAUCACCUGUAAAAUUUGAUGCUAAUGUUGGUUUAAGAAAAGAAGAUGAAGUUCAAAGUUUAGAAAAUGUAAUUCAAGCAUGUGGAGAAGUUGAAAAUUUAAAAAGUGGUACAGGAUUAACUAAAUUUUUAGAUAAUGGUGGUAUAAAUGGUGGAGGUGGUAUAACAUUAAAUAAUGUUAAAAAUUAUAAUAAAUUAGGAACAAGUAAUUGGAAAUUUCCUAAAUAUAAAUUAUCAAGUAAAGCUAUGAGUGUUAAUGUUACUACCAAUUCUAAUUCUAACCAACAAGGGAGUGGAAAAACUAGUAAAGUUAGUGGUAUUAGUGAUAAAUCAAUUUCAAAAUAUGGUAGGAAACAACAAAGUAAAUUUAUCAAACAGCAGCAGCAACAACAGCAUAGAAGAUAUUCAGUUGAGGAAUUAUUGAAAAUGAAUGGAACUCAUUCAAAUACAAUUGAUUUUCAACAAUUAAUGUCUUCUGGUAUGCAAAAAAUUCAAAUAUCUCAAUUAAUUAAUUGUUCAAUAAGAAUCCCAAAAUUAAGGUUUUUAAAUGCAUGGCAAGCAUGUACCAAAAUAUCAGAAAUAAAAACAAUAUUAUUUGAUUCAUCAAAUGAUAAAAUUUUAAAAAUUUUAGCCAUAUUACAAUUAAUUUCAUUUGGAAAACAUGAUUUUGUAUUUGAUAAUCCAAAUAUUUUUUUAUCAAAUUUUAAUGAAUUUAUUGAAAAUUUAAUUGAUUCAUGUAUUAUAUUUGAGUUAUUUACCAUAUGUAAUAAUUGGUUACAAUCAUUAAUUAUUGAAUUUUUCUUAAUGUAUUUUUGGUCUCAUGCAAAAUAUAAAGAAAUGGAUUUAAAAUGUAAAAUUAUAUCACAACAAUUUUUAAACUGGAAUUUAUAUAAACCAACAAUACAAGAUAAAUUUUUAAUUUUUAGAAUGUUAUGUAAUUUAUAUUUGGGUAUUAAAUCAUUAAAUUCAAUUACUAUAUUAAAAGAAAAUGAAAUUAAAUUAAGUAUCGUUAUUAGAGAUUUUAUUAAACAUAGUUUAUGUAAUGAUUAUAUUCAAAUUUUACCAAUGCUUAUUAAAGCAAUAGAUGUUUCAAAUUCUCAAGAAAAAUUAAAAUUAUUUUUUUAUGAAAUGAUUAAAAUAUUAAUUCAAAAACAUAAGCAUUGUUGUAUGAAUGAAUAUCUUCAUGAUAUUAAUAAUUAUGAAUUAAAAAAAAUAAUUCAAUAUGGUUUACAACAAUAUCCUCAAUCAAAUCAAAUUUAUAAAAAGGCAAAUGAUAUUUAUAAAUUGAUUAUUGAUGAUAACCACAAUAACAGGCAAACAAAUCUGGGAAAUACUUCAAAACAUUGGUAUUUCACAUCUUCAAUUAACGAUCAUAUAGAAAAUGAAAAUCAAUUAAUCGCUGAAGCUAUACCUUUAUCUACAGAAUAUGUAGAAAGAUUUUUUACACCAGAUAAAAAAAUAAAUUCAACUCAAUCUAAACAAGAUGAAAUAAGUGAUAAUUUGUUAAAACAAAUUGACAAUGAAAAUAUUGAUGAGAAUUUUGAAGAUUCAAAAUCUGGGGAAUUUGAAGAAUUUACUUCAUGGCAAAUUGGUUAUUUAUCAAAUAAGCCUUAG